ACUUCCCGUUUCGACUCGGCAGCGACAGACUAUCAUGCGCGUCCUCUGAAACGCGUGCCGUCAGCCCACCUCUUUGCACACUGCAAGCCGACAGCUUAGCUAACCAGAACUGUCACAUUGUUGGAGGAAAUGCAGUUCUGCCAGAAAUUCGUAGCCAACUUGCAGGCAGGCAGCCCUGAUUAUGCAGGCGAAUCCCAAUGCUGAUCCUUGAAGUGACUGAAGAUCGUUAUUAAAGUUUGGUUUGACUGGUCUGUCUUGCAGGGAGCUUAAUAUAUCUUCAUGACGCAUCAACCAUUUCCUCUCUUCACCACGCUUCUUCCUCUUUCUCUCGUUUCCUGGUCUCUCUGUCUUCACAGGGCAGUUGAGAGAGAAGGGCGAUGGCUGAGGAGGUGACCUACGCAGAUAUCAAAUUCUCUAAAAUCCCAGCUGGGGGUACAGGAGCUCCCAAUUCAACAGCAACCAGCCCCCCUCCGGAACACAAAGCAGUCCCCCCAGUCGAGCACACUUCUCAGUCCAGGGUCACCAUUGCUCUGGGGGUCACAGUGGGGGUCUUGCUCUUGGCAGUGAUCGUCAUGGGGACAGCAAUAGGUCUACAAGUGCGUCACAAUCACAGCAACUCCCAGUCGAUGAAUUCACCCUGUCUGGAGAAUUACAACGAUGUCAUCACCAGAGAGCUCAGCAAGUAUAAGAAGGGCCUCAGGCAGAGACUAUGUGGAGAUCCUAACACUGGCAAGGAAGUGGAGUCGUGUGCAGUCUGUCUGGAUGGAUGGAGGAAGGGAUACAAUGGAAGCUGUUAUUUCUUAUCCACUGAGCGGAAGUCCUGGGACUUUGCUAACGAGUCCUGUUCCAAACUCGGGGCUCAUCUUGCUGUGAUUGAGAAUGAGGAGGAGCUGGACACCAUACACAGAGCUAUAACUGGAUACAGCUAUAAUGGAUUGGACUGCGUAGAAAAGAUCCUCACUGGCUUUGGGUUGAUGGCACUCAGCUUGAUGAGAAGAUUUCAGUUUCCAGACAACACCAACAGGAUCAUUGUGCCUCUGUGUAUGGAAGUCAUGUAUAUGCAGAGUCGUGUAACAGAGAUUAUCCCUGGAUCUGUGAGCAGGAUGCUGUGCGCUUCUGAGUGAAUCCACAGACUCUUCACUUGAGGAACAGAGAAGAUCUCAUUGCAGAGCCUGAGUGUGAAUGUUAUGAAUCCGCUGAGCAACUCGCUGCACUUCUACAGCUCCAUUGAAGAGGAAACACAGAAAAUUAGCAGCAGGGUUUAGAACAGGGUUUCCUUUUUAAAAAGCAAAUCUUGACGUAACCGCUGUGUAAAUGGUGUUAGUUUUUUAGAUUUCAGAAUAUGUACAUUUCUUUACACUAUAUUUGAGUGUUUAAAUUAAUUGCUGUGACAAUUAAAAACAUGCAAUCAGGAUGGAGUUUGCUUUCCAUGCAAUGUGAAUUCACCCCGUACCCUGUUCACAGUUUAGUUGUUGUCUUGCUCUAUUGAUUUAUAUUUGAUGUAUUUCUAGCAGUGUACAGAUGAGAAACCAUUUCAUUUUAUAUAUUGACCAGACAAGUGCUGUCCUAUUACUAGUUAGUUUACCAGUACUAGUGUUACUAGUUUAGUAAUGCUACAGCUUUUCCAGUUUGCUUUGCAUCGAAUGCUGAUUCUGUUUUUAAAUGUUAAGCAUGUUAAUGGCUUAUUUUUGUAAUGCUCAUCUCAGAUCUUCCUGUAGUAAAAUACCUUGUGGAGA